AUGUCCACGACCCCGGUCGGCAAGGCACUGGAGAAGGUGAUCUCGGAGGUGCGACAGGCAGAAAAACUCGUCGAGGACGGGGCUCCCUCGGAGGACAGCGUGCUAGAUAAGAUAGACGCGGUCGUGAAGAUCCUACCUACGCUACGCGAGGCAGCCAAGGAAAGCGAGGCAACGGGAGAGACGCUGUUUCCGGUGGAUGUGCUGAGGCAUGUAGACGAGGGGUUGGACCCACUUAGGUUUAUGGUGGACGGGAUCUUGCAGGUUGGCGAGGUGAACAAGAUCACCAAGGGCAAAGCGAAUGUGUUCAGCAAGUUCCACGCGGCACUAGUAGAGGAGGAUUCAAAACAACAGUCAGAGGGAAUGACGGAGCACAAGUAG